CACCAACACCAGAGUCUUCAACAAUAGCAUCCUAUGUCACUUUAAGGAAGAAUAAGAAAAUAGAUCUAAGAACGGAAAGACCAAGAAGUGCAGUGGAGCAGCUGUGUCUUGCAGAGAGCACACGGCCUCGAAUGACUGUGGAGGAACAGAUGGAAAGAAUAAAGAGACACCAACAAGCUUGCCUUAGAGAGAAGAGAAAAGGACUCAAUAUUAUUGGUGUUUCAGACCAGUCUCCUUCACAGAGUCUGUCGUUUGUCAGAGAUAAUCCAUUCAAACUGGCACAGAAUCGAAAAAAGGAUGAUACUGCAUCUGGUAACGUGAAGGAAUUAGAGAGCACUAGUAAAGAAAAUAAUUUGAAACUAAAUAACGAAAGUCCUGGAGAAGAAAUAGUGCAACUAAAACAUGAUGGAGAACAAGAACACAAUUCAGGCUUUGCUAAAGAGCUGACAAAAACUGAUGAUCUUUUAUCAGAUGCACAUGUUGUAUCUGACUCAAAAGAAGUGAGUAAUGAAGAGAAAGCAGAAAAGGAAAAGAAAAAUAAAUUGGAAGAAACACAUGAUGGUGGUAUAAGCUUGCAGAGUGUGACCACAGUUACAAACCACAAACCCAAAACCAGCUCAGAAGAAAGUGAAGUAGUUAGUGUUCAAGAGCAAAGAGGGAUUAUUUCUUCAUUUGAAUUAGCAGCACCGUCUUCAAAAGGAGAUCAGGCAACAGCAGUGAAAAGUUUGCCUUCUUCACCAGAGUCGUCACUGUCACCAGCUACAUCUACACAGACACAGCUCACAGAAGGAUCACAUUUCAUCACUAAUGGCUUCUGUUGAAACAACUCAUGCCUGAGAUGUAUGGACCUGAUCUAUGAACAUAAGAGAAGAUAUUGUACAGUAUAUUUUAAAUCUAUGAAAUUCAUAGUUCUGAUGCUUUUGGCCACAGAGCAUCAUUUUAUCACUUCCUGGAAAAUGUUUAUUCCAAGAGAGCUUUAAAUGGCCCACACGUACACUCAACAACCUUCAGAUUGUUCUCCUGAUACCAGCUUGCUGCUAUGAUUUCUGUGCACAUAAAAUAAAGGCUCUUUUUAAUGUGCAGCCUA